AUGGCACAGGAGUACAGCGUAUCAUGCAAGGUAAGACAAAACAAAAACAAACUAUUUAAUAUCCACACUUUCCAUUUAUUUCCCUAUUAUUGUUAUCUUUCAUUUAUAUCAAUUAAAGCAUGUCAAUUAAAUGUUAUUUUAUCAAUUAUAUCAAUUAGGCAUAUCAAUUAAACUGUGAACAGCUUUCCCUCCCCGCACCCUGAUUCCUCUCCUGCAACUGUCAUCAAAACAACACCAAGCGCAUGGUGAAUACUAUCCUAACAACCUACUUUUCUACCUUACACCUACCUUUUGUGUCACUAUAUCCCACUCCCUGUAAACUCAUUGAACAGGGCCCUCAAUCCCUCUGUUACUGUGCAUCCAAUUUGACUGGUUACAAUUAUGUAUCUGUUAGUCCACCCAUUGUACAGUGCUACAGAACUUGUUGGCGCUUUAUAAAUAUUAAUAAUAAUAUUUGGUUAUUAUUCCAUAUUAGUUUUAGAAGACGUGCCAGAAACAUUAUUGUUAUAGAUGCAGAAGACCCUCUCUCCUUCCUUUUUGAAUGUAUGUUCUCUUCUCCGUCUACAAAUGCAGUGCAGACUCUGCAUUAAACAAAAGAUUGAAGGUUUAAAAGUUUCAAUAUAUAAUCAGUGAGAAAAACGAUCGCAUACAAACAAUUCUCUUUUAUUUGCAUUUAUUACAAAGAGAAAGCAGGAGAGGGAUUCUAAACAAUGUACAGACAGCGCAAUAACGCAUAUAUAGCCCAACUCUGCCAUCAUGGCGGGAUAAAAUGACUUUCAACUUUAGGCUAAUCAGUUUGCUGUAUGUAUUCUCUAUUGUUUACAUUGUAUAGAGAUACUGCACAGUGUGUACCAAUAUUAUUAGUUAUUGCUAUUAGUAUUAUGAUUAUAGUAUAUUUUUAUUACUAGCAGUAGUAAUGCUUGUUGUUAUUAUUAUAGUAUUAUCAUUAUUAACACACUGAAGUGGUUAUGGUGCCGGGAUUAACCCAAACACUAAACAGGGACAAUAAUGACAUCAUCAGGCACAGAUAAUUAUGUUAACAGUUGGAAUCUUGUAUUUUACAUUAAAAUAUCUAACUUCGGUAAUUUACAACAGAUUUCCAUUAGAUUGCAGGGAUCUGAAUGAAUACUCUCACGAAUUGCCGCACAGUUCCCUGCAGAAAUAGGCGAACGACACACAGAAAACCAUUUUUAGUGAACCGGGUCUAGAAAGGGAAAACUCACGAACAGCUUUAAUUCACCGAAAGAGCGAGGUUCCUGAACGCUAUAGAAGUCCAGCGGUGUUUGUAAAUCAAGUAGCCGAUUUGAGUUCCAGGCACUCGACGACCAAACACCGCUGAACUCUUAGCGAACAAAGAUGGCCGCCACCACGUGUUCGGUACACGAACAGCGGCCAAACACACAAAGCCAAUUAAGCGCUUGCAACAAUGUUGCAACUGGGUUAAUGAGAGACACACGACCUCACCGGGGUGGUCUCCAAUUUGAUAGUUAGGUACAGUGUUGCACAUUACUCUUCGGGAAACGGCUGCUGUAUCCCCAUAGACGAACAAUAGGGGAUACGGCCAUUUUAAAGUCCCUAACACAGUUCACAGAAAUAAAGUGUUUUACAGUCCCAAGUGGCUAGGUCUGCCACAGAAAAUGUACAAGGUGCCGAGAUAAAUAAGUAGUCAUGAUGUCACAAUGUGUAUGUGUCCUGAAGCAUGGCUUGAAGUGGUCAUUAACCUUCAUUAAGAAAUUAUUUAACCAGACUCAAACACGAUCUUGGCACAGCGAUGGCAUCAAAUUAAUUAUUGAUUCAUUCAUUUCCAGAGAAUCACACAUGAACUUCUUCCAUCUCUGCCAAGUUUGUUCACUCACUGGAAAUGGAACUCUGGCAUAAACAAUCACUGACACAUUUAUAAAGCUUUUUGUUUGUGUGAAUUAAAUGUUAUCACUUUCUCAUGGAAUGAAGAAUGAGGUCAGUUACUCACAGAAAGAGGUAUUAGAUUGGUUACUUACAGUAUGAGAUCAGUUACUCACAGAAUGCAAUCAGUUACUCUCAGUUACUCACAGUAUGAGAUCAAUUACUUACAAAUGAGAUCAGUUACUCUCAGUUACUCACAGAAUGAGAUUAGUCACUCUCAGUUACUCACAGUAUGAGAUCAGUUACUCACAGAAUGAGAUCAGUUACUCUCAGUUACUCACAGUUACUCACAGUAUGAGAUCAGUAACGCACAGAAUGAGAUCAGUUACUCACAGUAAGAGAUCAGUUACUCACAGAAUGAGAUCAGUUACUCAGUUACUCACAGAAUGAGAUUAGUCACUCUCAGUUACUCACAGUAUGAGAUUAGUUACUCACAGAAUGAGGAAUUAGAUCAGUUACUCACAGUAUGAGAUCAGUUACGCACAGAAUUAGAUCAGUUACUCACAGUAUGAGAUCAGUUACUCACAGAAUUAGAUCAGUUACUCUCAGUUACUCACAGUUACUUACAGUAUGACAUCAGUUACUCACAAAAUGAGAUCAGUUACUCACGGAAUGAGAUUAGUUACUCACAGAAUGAGGAAUUAGAUCAGUUACUCACAGAAUGAGAUUAGUCACCCUCAGUUACUCACAUAAUGAGAUCAGUUACUCAUAGAAUGUGAUCAGUUACUCACAGAAUGAGAUCAGUUACUCAUAGAAUAUGAUCAGUUACUCACAGAAUAGGAUCAGUUACUCUCAGUUACUCACAGAAUGAGAUCAGUUACUCACAGAAGGAGGAAUGCGAUCAGUUACACACAGAAUGAGAUCAGUUACUCACAGAAUGAGAUCAGUUAUUCAUAGAAGGAGGAAUUAGAUCAGCUACACACAGAAUGGUCUCUACACUAUAAACCUGUGGCCCCCAAGUACACCCUCACUCUAACAGCCUGGUUACAAAAAUAAUUCUUAUAAAAACAUUACACUCUCGGGACUAGCUGUUUGACAGGAUUUUAAAUGAAUGUCCAUUUUGAUGAAUUUAAGGCCUCUGAAUACACCAUCAACAGGGAAUGAUCAGCUCCUAGAUUAGUGAGUUAUAGCUCUACCCUGAGGUGAGUGCUGAGUCUAAUUCUAGUUCCAUAUACAGAGAGCUGGUUAUAGCUCUAUCCUGAGUGAGUGCUAAUUCUAGGUCAAUGGCCUUCUAUACAAAGAGCUAGUUAUAGCUAAAUCCUGAGUGAGUGCUGAUUAUAGGUCCAUAACCUUCUAUGCAGUGAGCUGGUUAUAGCUGUAUCCUGAGUAGGUACUGAUUCUAGAUCAAUGGCUUUCUAUGCAUAGAGCUGAUUUUAGAGUAAAUGCUGAUUCUAAGUCAAUGGCGUUCUAUACAGAGAGCUGGUUAUAGCUCUAUGCCGAGUGAGUGCUGAUUCUAGACCUAUAACCUUCUAUACUGGUUCUAUCCUGAGUGAUUGCUGAUUCUAGGUCCAUGGCCUAGUUAUUGCUAGCUAGUAAUUGCUCUAUCCCCUGUGAGUGCUGAUUCUAGGCCCAUAAUCUUCUAUACUGAGAGCUGGUUAUAGCUCUAUCUUGAGUAAAUGCUGAUUCUAGGUCAAUGGCCUUCUAUACAGAGAGCUGUUUAUAGCUCUAUCCUGAAUGAGUGCGGAUUAUAGAUCCAUAGCCUUCAAUAACGAGAGCUGGUUAUUGCUCUAUUCCGAGUGAGUGCUGAUUCUAGGUCCAUGAGAGUUGGUUUAGCUGUAUCCUGAAUGAGUGCUGAUUCUAUAUACAAAGCCUGCUGUAUCUGACAGAUGCUUACAGCUCUAUCCUGAGUCAGUGCUGAUUCUACACCCAAUGCCUACUAUACCAAGACCUGGUUAUAGCUCUGUCAGAUAGCUGUACCUUUCUAAUGUGAGUGUUAACCCAAAGCCUGCUAUACCAAGAACUGAGUGUUCAUUCUCGAUUUGCUAGCUUUUCAUGGUAAAUAGAAAUAUCCCCCUUCCCAUUUUGGAAGAAAUUAUUGUUGUACACUUUACAAUACCAAAACAUAGUUAUGUUUGUACAAAACGCCUCUUCUCUUUGUUUAGAAUUUAUUCUGUUUUAUUGAACAUGUAAGAUAUGUGUUUUCGAUUUAUUUGUUACAUUUUUUUAUUAGUUUGAUGUUUGCCCCAUCUCACAGCUGUCCUCAUCCAGUCUUAUAUUGGCUGAAAUAAAGAUCUGUAAUUAUAUUUUGGGAUAUAGUGUCUGAUAAGUGUGUUUUGUUCUGUAAUUAUUGUAGGAUCUGGAUGUAAGCUUCGUGAGGACAGGUUAUGGAAAAAAUGAGGUAAAAGUUCUCCAAAUUAAGAGGAACGGAAAACAGCAUUUUAUCAAAGAAAUCGAUGCCUCGGUUCAACUUUCCUUAAAGUCCAAGAAGGAUUAUUUGGAGGGAGAUAAUUCUGAUAUUAUCCCCACAGAUACCAUAAAGAAUACAGUUUACGCUCUGGCAAAGCUUAAAGGGGUAAGACUGGUAUAGCGCAAUAUUAUUUUACUGUGGAAUGUUUAGCAAUCCUCUGCUCGCAACUCAGUAGAAUGUGUGGUAGGCAACCAUUGGCACUCCUGAUGUUGUGGACUACAUUCCCCUUGAUGCUUUGCCAACAUUAUGGCUGUGAGAGCAUUAUAGUAGGUGUAGUCGAUCACAUCUGGAGUGCCAAAGGUUGCCUACACUUGCAGUAUCAAUCGAGGCAUGGUCCACAGGAUGAAUGGAAGUUGGAUGCCGAGUGAAAGUUCAGAUCGGUCAUAUGUGGUGAAGUUAUGUGGCAAAGAGUGAGUCCUGAUCAUCCCUACACUUAUAGUGUUGUUCCUUCUAUCAGACCCUGUUCCAGCAUGAAUUGUCCCUAACACGUUCUGUGGGUUAUUUUCUAAACCAAGGUUUGUCAGCUGUUAACCAGGAAUUUGCAAGUCUUUCGCUGAGAUAGGUAAAACAUUUUGCAAGUCAAAAUAACAGCUGACUGGCAAAAACAUGCUAUUUUGACCUAAUUAAUUAUUUGGUUUAUAAUUAACCAUUUCUAUGUACUUAAUAGGGUACAGAAACCAUAGUUUGAAUAGUCCAUAUUUUUGGUACAGGGCAUAUAAUAGGAAAAUGACGAAUUAACAAAUGUUACAUAUAACUGAAAAGGACAUAUUGCAUGAAUCAGCUAUAGUUUGCCCUGAUCUGUCACAGUUUGAAUAUGCUUCCCCGUUUUGCAGUCAAUAUCUAGUUCAUUACAGGUCAAGGUUCGUGACCCUUGGGGGAACUAGCACACUAGUCAGGAACUUGUUUCACCAGUCAGGGUCCAGGAAUCACCACACCUAUCAAGAGCCCAAAACCAUCACACCAAUGAAGGAUCCAGAACCACUAUGCCAAUGAGGAUCAGUAUAUAAGUCAGGGUCCAUAACCAUCACAGCAUCAUAAGCCAGGCUUGCCUCACCAGUUGUAAUGUGAUUAUUUGUCCUGAUCGUGUUUAUUGAUUUCUUUCCUAGAUUAAAACUAUUGAAGAAUUUUCUUUGGAGAUCUGUAAACAUUUUCUUUCAUCGUUUAAUCAUGUUAGCGAAGUACAGGUUAACAUCCAGCAAGCCCCAUGGAGGCGAAUAGAAAAGGUAAACACCCACUUUAGAUUUGACCUCCGUCCAGUUUCACGUUAACGUGCUUGUUAAUGUAGAAUAUAUUUCUGUUUGUCGUAGAAUGGGGAGACACAUGUCCAUGCCUUUAUCUAUUCACCAGAGGGAGUCCAUACAUGUGACGUGGAGCAAAAACGAGAAGGUACAUCAAAUAUCAGAAAAUCUCAUUAUAUGCCAUUAUACCUCAUAUAA